AUGGUACGCCACUGGUUUGUGGGGGUUCUUUGUUUUGUUUUCUCUCUCUCUGCUUUGGCAAUCCACCUCCUGGCACUGGAAGUUGAAAAACACCACACAGACUUGCUCCAGCUUCCCAGUGAUCUUGACUGUGUUGCAAAGAUAGCAGGAAUCAACUUUGAAGUUGUAAAGGCAGAAGCAGGUGCCAAUAUAAAGAAACUCUUGGAAAUUGAGCAUAAUAUAGCCUCAUCAGGGGAUGAUUUGAAAGUGCAAUAUGGAAAAUCUAUUCAGGACAGUAUAAAAGCUUCAAAAGAACUGGAGGAGGAGAUUGCCACCAUUGAAAAGAAGAAGGCAGAACUUGCUGAUUACCUCUGCGAAGACAGAAACAUGUUAUCACUGGAAGAUGUAUUUAACACGAUGAAAACCUUCAGAGACCUCUUUAUCAAGGCACGAAAGGAAAACCAGGAAAGGAAGGAACAAGCUGCAAAGGCAGAGAAAAGGAAGAAACUUCUUGCAGAGGAAGAGGCUAAACGACAAAAGGGGGAAUGUGGAAUUAUCAUUCGAAAAGGAGAUGUGAAACCAGAAGCAGGUGACAUCAGUGCCUUGCUAGCAGAUAUCAGGAAAGGCUUUAAGCUACGGAGAACUCAUGGAAAUAUGUCCGAGACAAAAAUUCUUCCCAAAACCACAACUGAAACUGGCAAAACUGUAGAUUAAUCCAGCUGCAUCCUGGCUGCAACUGCUGAACCUUCCUUUAAAUAAUGCUAGGAUAUAGGCCACCAUACUUAAAGAAGACAGAGAAGCCAGUUUUCUUAGACCUUCAAAGAAAAUGGAGUUUCUACCUCCUUCAGACUAUCUUUGAAACCAUAGACAUAAGUGACUUUUUUUACUUCCAUUAUUUUUAACGUUCCAUAAUGAAUAAAAACAUUUUUCUCUGCUG